CGUGCCCAAACUUCAGGGGUGAUUCUUUAGGCAAUUUUAAGGGUACUUAGAUAUAGGUAGUCGCGUUUUUAUCAGUUAUAAAAUAUCACGUGUGAUUUAUUCAAUUGAAAAACCUAGGUAACUUUUAUCCACUUAAAAAAUCACAUUAUUGGUCGAAAUUUUAAACGAUCGUUACUCUGAUUGGUUGUAUAUUAUUGAAGUGCAUUAAUCGAAACUAAUUGCUAAUUGCAAUUAAUUCCAACAAAAACUCCAAAUUGACCGAUUAAAAUUUUCAAGGAAUAGACGCAAAAACGUUUUUUUUUUUUUUAAUUUAUGGAUAUUAUUGAUGAAUCGAAGAAGCUUUAAGCGAUUACGGAAUUAUAGCAAUUUUCAAAAUUGCAAACAAAAUGAUUACCUAACUAUUGACAUUAAAUAGUCAAAACGUCAAAAAAAUUAUGGAUAUUAUUGAUUAAUCGAAUAAGAUUUAAACGAUUACGGAAUUAUAGCAAUUUUCAAAAUUGAAAACAAAAUGAUUAAAUUUUGACAUUAAAUAAUCAAAACGUCAAAAAAAUUUUUAGUGCCAAAUUAAAAUUUUUAGUGCGAAUCAUUUUUAAUUAAAAAAAAAUGGGGAACGUACCAAAAAACGAACUGCAAGAACUCGAGACUGCGAGACCGGCCGAUUUUUCAUUCAAAAAAUUAAAAACUCUCUCGGAAUACGAUUGCGAGCAAGCCCGAGAGACCCGUAUUGGAGGGAUUCCCGAAAGGGGCCAAAACCACCGGUUUUUAACCCGCGCCGUUUGGUUAAACAACAACAGAUUGAUUCAUAUUCAAAAUUUGGAUGUUUUUAUGAACUCGGUUUUGGAGUACCCCAAUCGGUUGGGGUGGUUGGACGUUUCGUACAAUCGAAUUGGAGGGAUCGAUCUGAUCAUCCAAAAAUUCGUUAAUUUAAUUAUCAUUUAUUUCCAUGGCAACAACAUUGACAACAUAGACGAGGUGAAGAAGUUAGCUACGUUGGGGCGGUUACGAAGUGUCACUUUCCACGGAAAUCCCAUUGUUGAUAAACCAUUCUAUAGAAGUUAUGUUAUUAAUUGUUUACCACAAAUUUGUAAUUUAGAUUUUACACCGAUCACUAAAGCCGAUAGAUAUCAAACGUUAGCACCUCCUCCGGAACGAGAAAAUGAGGAUUAAUUUAAUAAACGUUUGAUUUUACCUUAAAAUAUAAUUUGAUUACCUUUUCUUUUACGAAAGCAUUCUUUUUUUUAAGUUGUUUGAGUCACCG